AAUUGAAUCAAAUUUAAUUUCGUUACAAAAAGUAAGUUCAAUUCUCUCUCUUUCAUUUGAUAAUUUUUCUCACCAGGAGAUUACACCGUUGCUGAUGAACUUUACCAAUCAGUUCGAGUAUUAUGUUGGAUUAUGACCAAUCCCAAGAACUACCAAUCAAAGGCUCGUCACAUUAAGGCCACUUGGGGUAAAAGAUGUAAUAAGUUACUUUUCAUGAGUUCGACGUACGAUUCAACCUUACCGACGGUUAAAUUGGACGUUGAAGAAGGUCGAGAUCAACUUUGGGCUAAAACUCGUGAAGCUUUUCGAUACAUUUACAAUAAUCACUUAAAUGAGGCCGAUUGGUUCAUGAAAGCCGAUGAUGAUACUUAUGUUGUUGUCGAGAAUCUCAGAUAUUUCCUAUCCAGUCAGAAUUCAUCUCAGCCCAUUUAUUUUGGGUGUAAAUUCAAGCCCUAUGUCCACCAAGGGUACAUGUCUGGUGGUGCUGGUUAUGUGUUAAGUAAAGAGGCACUUGAACGUUUCGUUGUCAAAGGAUUGGACCCACUGAACCACCCUGAUGCAACAAACUUUUUGUUGUUCUGUGGUUUUAAUUGUUGGUGUUGAAGGUUAACAAUUAAUUUAAUAUGGAAACCAAUUGAUUCUCAAUGAUAACUUAUUUUUUAAAUCGAAAGCUUUCUCGAAAUGGUUUGCCGAAUGGAAACAAUUUAAAAUAAUCGUUUUAAUAGUAAUGAUAAUUAUCAUUUAAAUUGAUUAUAAA